AUGACACAGCUGCUGCUGCUCAUUGUGGCUCUCCUGGCCCUGGGUCAUCUGCCUCCAGGGAGAAGUGAAUUUAAGCGGUGCUGGAAGGGCCAGGGGGCCUGCCGGACUUACUGUACAAGGCAAGAAACCUACAUGCACAUGUGCCCCGAUGCCUCCCUGUGCUGCAUCCCCUAUGGAAUCAGGCCUCUGCUCUUUAAGCCUUAA